AUGGCAGCGACGAAGGCUAAGGAAGAUGUCUGGGCUUUCCAGGUUCGUUGGAAAUAAGUGGGGUUGAAAAAAAAAGAACGGCUGCAGCCGAUCGGAGCUCCUUUUCCGGAGGCGCCGGUCCGAGUUCCCAACCAGCAGAACAUGUACGUGGCGCUGUGGUACAAACACGGCAAGCCAGUUCACGGCCGGGCUUGGAACAACGACGGCGUCGUCGAGUGCUCUUUCCCCUUCAACACAGCUGAGCUGACCGGAAAGAAGGACCUCGGAGGCCAGAUCCAAAUACUGCAAUAUAAGGGCGACUACAACUCUUUGGGAUACUGGUUAGUGUCUUGUAUCUGUGGAGAAUCCUCUUUUAGAAAUCCCACUGUGAACUGAGACUAUUUCCUGAUGAGUAGUGUAGGCCUGAAACUUGUAAAAAAGGACAAUGUCAAAUAAUUGUUUUCAGGUACGAAUGGUUGCCUUUGAGCCGACGUCUUGACGGCGGAAACGUUCGAGAACUUGUGCGAUGCGGGAAUUCGACGCCCGUUCUGGCCAAACUUGCCGACGGCUCCGAGAAAAUCGGCUUCCUUGACCUGAGCACCGAGGUCGCUCUCAUCUCCAUCAACGGCAAGACGGAGAAGUUCGAAGGCGCGCAGACGGCCAAUCUCCUGGGAAUCUACCGCAACCUGUUCCCUCCGCCGACCGGCCUCAAGGUCUACGACGACCUCUGGUACGACCUGCGCUACAACGACAACUUCCCGAAGAACGCGGUGCCGGCGGACGGACGCCAACUCGCCACGGAGACUGGUCCCAUGUUCCAAUACGUCGGCUUGUGGUACAAACACGGCGAUCCGCUUUUCGGCCGCGCCUAUCCUGACCACGCCGGAAAGGUUUCCGUAUCUCCGAAAUUUUGAAAAAAAUCAGUUAUCAUCAAAUUCAAAUGAAUAGGACUAGCAUAUAUUCAUGUAUCGCUAUAAGAAUCAAAGAAAUUGUGAAAUCUAAAUUUCUGCAGUUUUCAAAGUCAAAGAAAUUUUCCAUUUCAUAUACUCCACUAACCCGCAGAAAACCCCAUUUUCUAUAUAAAAAACUUCAGACGAAAGCUCACUUUGGCAAAAAUAACCAAGAAAACUCGGGACCUGAGAUCGGCUCUAUGCAACUUUUGACAGUGCCGGAAGCCUCUUGCGUAAGUUUCGGAGAUAUUUGAAAAUAGUCGAUAGAGAAAACAACAGAUGGGUCUGGAAUACAAGUGGAUGACGUUGAGCGAGGGAAAAGCCAGCGGCUGGACGGCGGUCCACGUCGGAUCCGCGGCUCCGUGCAUCCUGAAGGACGAGAAAGGCCUGGAGGUGCUCGGAAACCUCGACCUAAGCACGGAGCGAGCUUCUGCCGGCUACGGCGGCAAGGAGAAGGUCAUCCAGGGAGCUCCGGUCGCUCAGCUCAAGGUGCUCUUCAAGAGAAGGAUUGCUUGA